AUUCCACCAUCUCACCUUAGAAGCGCGCACUAUAUUCAAUCGCAUACGAUGAAUCCAUCCAUUAACCAAAAAUCAGCGUCUUCUACGAAUGAAGAGCGCCAACACAAUCCGAAGGGGCGGGUUUGUGUCCAGAUGAAAGGAAGAUUAUUUUCGAUUCCCAGAGAGGACUAUGAACGUCUGAAGGCAGAACAGAAAAAUGGUGAUGAACAAGGCGACCACAUUCGGUUGAUAUCUAUAGGACAUUGUUCAAAACCGUUACCUGCUUCAUCCUUAGAAUCUACAACAACUGGAUAUCCGCGAACUCCGAAAACAUACAAUCAUUCAAUUAACACGGAAGACAAUACAAAGCCAUCCAUGGAACAUCUGUUUUCCAGAACGUCUAGCGGUCUUACGAUAAGCAAGGAGACUUUAAUCGAGGAAUCCUCAGAACAAACGUCCCCAAAAGAACAUCCCGUCGUGCCAAACAAUCCGGAACUACCUCACGAAGACCAACGCCCACCCAAGCCUUCGGUCGAGAUGACCGAGAAACUGAUUCAGCUGCGAUCCAGUGUUGUCAGAACGAUCGAUCAGUUCAUCAAUCAGAUCGAAACAGACCACAACGUCGACGAUGGCAACACUGCCGAGGGAAAUGCUUUUUCCGGAUCGAUUCCUUUGCACCCGAGUGGAGACGGUUUAUCGUUGGAUUAUCGGAAGCAAAAUCAGCAGGUUCUGAGCACGGAGUCAUUUGCGCGCAACACAAAGGUCAUUCGAACCAAGUUGUACCGGGAGAUUGAUACCCUGGUGAAGCGUUUGCAGGAUCUGGAUUCACUGGAGUGAAGGUGGCGGAAUUGUGGUUUUAUUUUUUAAAUGUUUUUCACCAGAAUAUACGAAGUUAUUAUUAUUAUGAGAGAUAACA